AUGACAGACCGCGCCUCGACGAAGUUGCAUAUCCCUCACCCACAUGAACCUGGGAUUCAGCUGGUCGGGGUUUUGGAACAAUUAGCACCGACGGAGUCGACGCAUGGUCGUAAGAUAGCUUUGAUUCUUCAUGGAACCAUGGGACACAAAGAUUAUCUCUUUCAGAGAAGGCUUGCUUUAAGGCUACCUUUUGACUCUUUUCGAUUCGAUUUUCGCGGCAAUCAUGAAACAGGUGGCACCUGGAAGCAAGGGGCGCUUGCUGAUGAUAUUUUGGACCUUCAAGCGGUCGUGGACUAUCUCAAAGUCACGUAUGGGUACGUGGUGGAGUUGCUCGUGGGACACUCCCGCGGCUCGAUCGUCGCAUUCCGAUGGCUCUCUACCACGGAGGAUGGUCGAAAGGUGCCGGCGUUCGUCAACGCCUCGGGUCGCUAUAGAAUGGCUAAAAUUCUAGAAUCGCCUGCCGGGUCCGUCUGGAAGGAACAUUUCGAGAAGCACGGGUCGUACACAUGGAAUGUCACCGUGGCCAGAAAGCCAGUGGUAGCCACCAUCACACCAGAAGAUGUCCAGGAGUUCGUGAGUUGGGAUACAUCCCUAGUUUGGGAUAAAUUUCCCCAACACACAGAUGUUCUGACCCUACACGGGUUAUCAGACAAAACCGUCCCUCCAUACGACGCUAUGAUAUAUGCAUCCGCGCUCAGCGACCGAAGUCCUGGUACACAUACUCUGCAUCUUAUGGAAGAUGCGGACCACAACUUUACAGGACGGCAGGACGAUGUAGUUGACGCUAUUCUUCAGUGGUGGGAUGCCCGAACACGUAAAGAAAUUAAAACCGGAAUUUGGGUCGGGGGAAUCAAAGGGAAGCUCUAA